GGUUUCUGGGAUAAUGGUCUUGAUGUGAGCCAUUACCAGCCUUUCAAAGCACUUCAUGGCUACAGACGUGAGUGCUACGGGUCUGUAGUAAUUUAGGCAGUGUAACUGACAGUUAGACUUACAGGUUAUGUCGUUGUCUUUUGUUUGAAUUGUUUAUGUGUCCGCUGUGCGGGGGAAAUGAUAAUACAAGCGGAACCACGUAGCUAAUACUGUUGUAACAGGGAUCCUUAUUGUAGCAACACACUGUUGGAGGGAAGGCAAUCCUGCGCUGCUAGUUAGCUAAGUUUUCAUGUCAUCGGGUGUAGUUCAUAAAGGUUGAAGAGUGUAUGUUAGGAUGAAGUGUGAAUUCAUGCCAGGAAUAAUACGUGUGAAGUUUGAUUUCCUUCUGUAUAAGCAGCCAAUGAGUUCUCACGGAAGGUGAUAAUUCUGACUAAAACUACAGAAUAAAGCCGCCAGUUAAAAUCAAGGAACGGUUGUGCUCGUGGUUACUGAAGGGAGCUACAGGCAGGUUGUCUUUGUGUUCAUGGGCACAGGGACUAUGGUGGACGAGACAGCCUAUAGGGAGGAGGUCAGAGACCUGGCCGGGUGGUGCCAGAAUAACAACCUAUCCUUCAACGUAACCAAGAGUAAGGAGAUGAUUGUGGACUACAGGAAAAGGAGGACCGAGCACGUCCCCAUUCUCAUCGAUGGGGCUGUAGUGUAGCAGGUUGAGAGCUUCUAAUUCCUUGGUGUCCACAUCAACAACAAACUAGAAUGGUCCAAACACACCAAGACAGUCAUGAAGAGGGCAUGACAAAGCCUAUUCCCCUCAGGAAACUAAACAGAUUUGGCAUGGGUCCUGAGAUCCUCAAAAGGUUCUACAGCUGCAACAUCGAGAGCAUCCUGACUGCUUGCAUCACUGCCUGGUACGGCAAUUGCUCGGCCUCUGACCGCAAGGCACUACAGAGGGUAGUGCGUAUGGCCCAGUACAUCACUGGGGCUAAGCUGCCUGCCAUCCAGGACCUCUACACCAGGCGGUGUCAGAGGAAGGCCCUAAAAAUUGUCAAAGACCCCAGCCACCCCAGUCAUAGACUGUUCUCUCUACUACUGCAUGGCAAGCGGUACCGGAGUGCCAAGUCUCGGACAAAAGGCUUCUCAAAAGUUUAAACCCCCAAGCCAUAAGACUCCUGAACAGCGGUCCCCUUCCCCCUGAGCCACAGGCUCUCCAUGAAGGAGGUGUUUGACUGUGAGGGGAAGCCCAGAGUAGACCUGCUAAAAGCCCACCUCACCAAGGAGGGUCGUCUGGAGGAGGUGGUGGCCCUACGUAUCAUAAAUGAGGGAGCCGCCAUCCUGCGCCAGGAGAGGACCAUGCUGGAUAUAGAGGCCCCAGUCACAGUGUGUGGAGACGUCCACGGUCAGUUCUUUGACCUGAUGAAGCUGUUUGAGGUGGGCGGUUCCCCCGCGACAACACGCUACCUCUUCCUAGGGGACUACGUGGACCGGGGCUACUUCAGUAUUGAGUGUGUGUUGUAUCUGUGGUCGUUGAAAAUCCUCUACCCAAAGACGUUAUUUCUUCUACGGGGAAACCAUGAAUGUAGACACUUGACAGAAUAUUUCACUUUCAAAACAGAAUGUAAGAUAAAGUACUCUGAGCAGGUGUAUGACUCGUGUAUGGAUGCGUUUGACUGCCUGCCGCUGGCUGCUCUGAUGAACCAGCAGUUCCUGUGUGUCCAUGGAGGGCUCUCACCAGAGAUCCACACGCUCGACGACAUCAAAAAGCUGGACAGGUUCAAGGAGCCUCCAGCGUUUGGACCCAUGUGUGACCUGCUGUGGGCCGACCCACUGGAGGACUUUGGCAACGAGAAGACACAAGAAUACUUCGGCCACAACACAGUCAGGGGCUGCUCCUACUUCUACAGUUACCCUGCGGUGUGUGAGUUUCUACAGACCAACAACUUAUUGUCUGUCAUCAGAGCACAUGAAGCGCAGGAUUCUGGGUACCGGAUGUACAGAAAGAGUCAGACGACAGGCUUCCCCUCCCUCAUCACCAUCUUCUCAGCACCUAACUACCUGGACGUCUACAACAACAAAGCGGCGGUUCUGAAGUAUGAGAACAACGUGAUGAACAUCCGUCAGUUCAACUGUUCCCCUCAUCCCUACUGGCUGCCCAACUUCAUGGACGUCUUCACCUGGUCCCUGCCCUUCGUUGGAGAGAAAGUGACAGAGAUGCUGGUGAAUGUUCUCAGUAUCUGUUCAGAUGAUGAGCUCAUGGAGAAUGACGGAGAGGAAGAGGUCUAUGAUGCGAAUGCAGCGGCAGCUAGGAAAGAGGUGAUCAGGAACAAGAUCCGUGCCAUAGGGAAGAUGGCCAAAAUGUUCCAAGUUUUACGGGAGGAGAGUGAGAACGUACUGACCCUGAAGGGACUGACACCCACUGGCAUGCUGCCCAGCGGAGUUCUGUCAGGAGGCAAGCAGACUCUGCAGAGUGCUACCAUUGAGGCCAUUGAAGCCAUCGAUCCUGUUGAGGACUCAGAAGCAAUCCGAGGCUUCUCUCCUCAACAUAAGAUCAAUAGCUUUGCGGAGGCCAAGGGUCUGGACCGGAUCAACGAGCGCAUGCCCCCUCGGCGUGACGCCGUCAACAGUGUGGGUGUCUCCAUGGGCCGCAUGAACAUGGGGGAGCCCAACGGCACCGACAACAACAGCAAUAUACAGUGAUGCACACACACACAUUUAUACAUAAACACAAAUACACACAGAUAUAAAGUACAUACCCACACACACACACAUUUGACUUACACACUUAAAGUAAAGCACACUUACGGUAAACAUACUUAGACAUGCACUUAAACAAGGAUCAUACAGAACACACAGUCAACAUAUAGACCUACACGUACACAGUAAUGGUACACACACCAUCCUCCUCCCCUCCCCUGGCCUGUUGCUCCCCAGCCCUUCUCUCUACCCGUUUGACAAGACUGCCAUGGAUGGAUCAGACCUCCUAUCGGACAAACUGUACUGCAGGUUCCAUCACUCCCUGACCUGGUCACACACUACUACAGACCCCUGACCUGACCACCUGACCACACUACACUACGGAACACUCUACUGGACGUUCUGGAACACUCCAAUGCAAAACAAAGAGAUAAUGUUCUGUUCUAAUUGUGUAGUGGGGCUGACUGGGGGACAGAUGUUACCUUUCUGUUAUGUUGGGG